AUGAAUAAAAUCUUAUUGUAUUCGAAUAUAUUAAUUUUGUUGUCAAUAUUAAUAAUCUUUCGAUUAGUUAAUUCAUCAACGUCUUGUUCAAUAUUUCCUUUACUUAAUUGUUCUUGUUUUCAAUCAAAUAUUGAUUUAAAUCCAACAUCAAUAAUUAAAACUUAUUCACAUUUAUAUUGUCAAGGAAAUUCUUUAACUGAAAAAACUUUUCAAUCUCCAUUUGGUUAUGAUUUUAAAUAUCAAAAUCAUUUUCGUACUGUUUCAAUUGAAUUUUUUAUUGAAAAUUAUAUAGAAAUUCAAUCGAAUCAAUUUGAUUCUUUAUCUAUGUUAUUUUCUGAAACUGAUAAUAAUGAUCAAAUUAAUAUUUUUCUUCGAUUUAAUGGAUUUAAACAUAUUACAUUUCAUAAUCAUUCAUUAACUUCUAGAAUAUUUCAAAAAAGACCUCAAAAUAAACGUUUAUGGAUAUAUCUUAUUCCAAUGAGAAGUAAUCUAACACAGAUUGAACUUGAUGAAGAAAAUUCUACUAAUAUUGAAGAUCCAUUUAAAUUUUUUUCAAAUUGUUUUUCUGGUUUAACAGUUUCACAAUUAAUUAUUUAUAUUCAUACAAUACAAGAUCGUUUUUCAUCAUUAAAUUCAUUUGAACAAAUAUUUAAUAAUACAAAUAUUGGUGAACUUCAUUUUCAUGGAUCAAUUAUUCGUCCAAGUACAUCUUUAUUAAAAGAAAAAUUUAAAGGUCUUAUUCGAUCUUUAACACUUCAUCGUCAUGUUGAUACAAUUGAUGCAAAUACUUUUCCAUAUUAUUCUCAUGUUUAUUCUUAUACAAUUCAUUCAAUUGAAGCUCAUUCAAUGAAUCUUAAUUCAUUUUUAACAUCUUAUAAAAAUUUACGAGGAUUAGAAAUAAUAAAACCACGUUUUGAAGUUUCAAUUGAUCAAUUUAUUCCAACAUUAGAUUCAUUAACAAUAGAUGUUGAAGAUAUAAAUGAAAAAACACUUUUUGCAGCUCGUCAUAUUUAUAAUUUAAAAUUUGGUACACGUCUUCAUACAAUUGAUCCUCAAAUAUUUGUUUUCUUAUCACAACGAUUACAUCAUUUAGAUUUAUCUGAUGUUAAUUUAUCUCAAAUGAAAUCAGAUUCUCGUUGUUAUCUUAUUGAAUAUAUUUCAAAAAAUUAUCAACAAAGUUUAAAUAUAAUAUUACCUCGAGUUAAAAAUUUAACUCAAUGUGAUUGUACUAGACUUUUUAUUAAUCAUAUUCAAUUAAAUAAAAAUUUAAAAAAACAUUAUAAUUUUUCAUCAUGUUCAAAAUUAUGUUAUUUUAAUGAUUGUCCAACAAUUAGUGAAUAUUUUAAAAAAUUUUAUCCUUUAUAUACAGAUGAAAAUCAAUUAAAUCAUAUUAAUAAAGGAAUAAUUAAUAAUAAAAAUAAUUCAAAUAAAUAUUUAUCAUCAGUUGAUAUAUUUUCGGAUUCGAUUGAUAUUCAUAUGAUGAGUUUUCUUAUGAAUCAAACAAAUGAUCAAGAACAAAAUUCAACAUUAAAACUAUCGACAACAACAAUAACAACGACAACAACAAUAACAACAACAACAACAACACUAACAGUAACAACUUUGAUCGAUACUGUUAAAGACAAUAUUUCAUCACUUGAAAAUAUUCAAGAAUAUGAUGAUAUUAUAUCAUUUUCAACACCAAAAUUUGUUGAACCAUGGAAUGAUCAAACAGAUGAAGAAAAAAUCGAAAUAUUGCAUCCUAAUCAAAAUCAAUCUUUUUCAUGUUUAAUUAUAUUUUUCUUUAGACGAUAUAAAAAAAAAAGUUAUUUUCAACCUUUACCAGUACAUGUUUAG